CUGCUUGGUGCUUCCUCAGCCGCGCCCUGAGGUUCUUCCCGCCCAGCUCAGCCGCUCCCUCCUCUCCUUCCCUGCUCGCCCCCGGCUCCUUGGUUCUCCUCGCCGGCGCCCUUGCCCUCUCCCUCUGGCGAGCUUCCCUGCUUCCCAGUCGUCACUCCCUGCCAGACCCCUGCUCGCUCGCGCCCUGCCGAGGUCUCGCCCGGCCGCAGCCCCUCUCGUCUUCCUCGGAUCCGGCCUCGGCUUGUCGGUGCUCGGACUGAAGUUCAUCGCGCCCAGCCCCAACGCCCGGCCAAGCUCCCUGCUCGCGCCCUGGGUUGCUUGCUCAGGCUGCUGCUCGCCGCGCGCCCUGGCGUUCGCCGUGGCCAACGCGCCGAGCUCUUCGCUGUUGUCCGUGCGCGCGCGCCUGCUUCUCUGUCCAUGGCCGCGUUUCUCUGCUCGGCCUCCUACCCCUCUGCACGCAGUCACGUCCCACUGCUUGGCUACCGCUCAUCCGUCGUGCUCGGGCCACCCUGGUAUUCCAGCUCGUCGUUGCGUUGUUUGUCAUCGACCUUGCUAAAUCGCUCAUUGCUCGACGCCAGUGAUGGCUGUCGUGGAGCACCGCUGCGAACUCCCAGCACCCUUGCUCUGCUCCAGGAAAUAUCAAGCCUUGAACCGCCAUCGUUUUGUUGUGACGUGUGUGUGCGCUACUCACCCCACGUCGUCUUUUUUUUGUGUUUGGGCAGUCCCGCGGCAUCUGCAAACCUUGCCUCUCUAGUCGUCAUGUUCUCCCUAUCUACCAAAUCGUCGCGCCGUGCUGAGUUCCCUGGCCAUCGCGUCUUUUCUUACAGACGCUCAGUCUCGCCGCGCGUCCUGUUUCCUGCUCGCCAGCGUGCCCUCGGCUCGCUCGACUUUAAUUCCCAAUCGCGUCAUCGACCUCGUCGUUUGCCGUCGAGUCGUCAAACACGUCAUCCCCGGCUCGAUCCCCACCUCACCAGUUUACUCCAGACUUCAAUCGAAGGUCGUCGUCGUUCGUGCAUCCCCAAGAAAUCCCAAGAAUCGGGUGAAGACGAAGCUAGCAGCGCGAUUUUCCCCAAGCGCUCAACAAAUUGCCUAGAUCGGAAAAUCGCUACCGAUCUCGCGGAUUCGAGUCAGCUGUUGAAACGGUAAGCUGAUGAAUUAUUCAUAAUAGUUCGAUCGUUAAAUAAAUUAAUGUGCUAGUGCGAUGCUCAUUAGGUGCUCGAUAAUUGCGUGAGUCACGAAACUCUCGUCGACUUCGCGGUUCUUGCGAUUAUCGAGCCAGAUUCAGUUAUGGCGCGUCAUUUAGCUAUUCCGGUCAAUUAGCUGAAUUAGUGUACCGAAUAGAAUAUUAACAUGCCUGUGUGAUGAGGAAAUAGUUUAAUCACUUAUACAGAUGUGUAUAUAUUUACGAUAAAGAAAUAUUUAAGUAACUGUUGACAUG